AUGCAUGGAGAAACUUUCUGUGAGGCAUAUGAGCGCUUCAAGGGCUACCAGAUGCAGUGUCCUCACCAUGGUUUCUCUAAAGAGAAUCUACUGAGUACCUUGUACAGAGGAACAUUACCCAAAUACAGAAUGCAUCUUGAUUCAGCAAGCAAUGGUUACUUCAUGGGUAAAGAUGUUGAUGCUGGAUUGAUUUUAGUUGAGAACGUUGCCACUAGUGAUGGGAGCUAUGGUGAAGAUUGUGACAGAGCUGAGAGAGGCAGUCUUGCUCAAGAAGAGAAUCACAAGAAGGAGCUCAAGACUCUCAAUGAUAAGCUUGACAAGCUACUGUCAGGUCAGAAAAAGCAAGUGCACUUCAUUAAUGGUGAGGAGAUUCAAGAGAAAAAGCUCAACUAUGUGGACAGCCAAGAUGGAAACCAAUGGGUCUAUUACAAGCACGGUUUUUCUCCACAAGAUCUUGGGUCUACUCAAGCUCAAGGAAGCCACAAUUCUGGUCAAGAGGCAGAGAUGAAGACCAUAUUGCAACAGAUAAUCCAAGGACAAGCUAAUGGUGCCUUAGAGUUGAACAAGAGGAUGGUUGAGAUUCACAAUAAGGUUGAUUGCUCAUACAAUGAUCUAAACAACAAGUUUGAGUCUCUAACUACCAAAGUGCUUACCUUGGAAGCUAAAGUUGGUGGUUCUUCAUCAUCAAGUACAAAGGAGUAUUGUCAUGCAGUUUUCUCUACUAAAGAUGGUGUGGCUGAGACUGAAGAGAAUGAGAGAGCUAUAGAAGAACUUUACAGGCUCCUUCAUGGUACAAGUGUUGAGAUUUCAGUGAAUGAAGAGACUUCUCAAGCUGAAAAACGAAAUGUCAAGGAGGAAGCCUCAAAGAUUAGUGCAAGAGAAGAAACCAUCAAGGUUGAGCCUCCUCUUUACAAACCAGAGCUUCCAUUUCCUGAGAGAGUUCUCACUAAAGCUCAAAAGAAGGUAGUCUCCAUAUUCAGGAAUGAUAUGAGCAAUAUUGGUGUUCAUCUACCCAACAUAGGCAAUAUGCAAGAAGCUCACCUCCAAAUGGAGCUGAUCAAGGAUGUUCUUAUGAACAAGGAGAGAGUGGCAGCGCUUCUUGAGCUCUCUACACCCCCAGAUCCUUCCCAUAUCACGCCAACCUCCAUUCCCAAGCUUGAGAAAUAA